CUUAAAGGCGAACAUCAAAAGUUCAACACGUUCAGCUGAGCAUGAUUUCGACUUGUUUGAUUAUGUAGGAUCUAUAAGACUUGAAGACAGAUAUCACCCACACACGACGACUCAUUGGACCUUGCUACUUGAGCACUCUGCAGCAUCUUUACAUAGAGAAAUUCACCAAUAACAUCCUCAAGCCGAACGACUCAAAUCCCUCCAUCCUCCAGAUAGUCUUCGCGUCACUUUAUUCUCCUUAUUUUCAACCCAACUCCACCACAAGCACCAGCGAAAAAUACUCAAAAAAGACCACAGAUCCCUUCAAGUUCCAAGUUGAUUCAUACAUGACUCCAGGGCCUGACUGAUCCGUCCUGAUGCCAAGAGUAUAGUGCUGGCAUCACGCGUUCUUUGCUUGAUCGGAUCUCCAAUUCUUUCUCUUGAUACUCAUAGGGGCCAACCCAACGCCAGGUUGAGGGCCAGACUCAAAGCUGACUUGAAUCCAAAUCUAAUCCAAUCAGUAGAUCUGAAUCUGAUCGAUUUGGUCAACCGCCAUUUCGGUGUUUAGCAAAUCGAACUGGUUCAGCCCCGAUUUCAUUUCAUUUUGCUAGAAGCUCAGUCUUAAGUUAUAUCGACGGACUACUGAUCAACUUUUAGCCAUCUGAUUAGGAACAUCGUAAGAACUAAAUUAGAUUCAUAGCUCAUUCAAAUCUCAUUUAUCUUUCAAAGAGCUUUAGAACCAAGAAACCAUAUAAAAUGUUAAGAACAACAUCAGAUCCGAGUUGUGAAGCUUUCUAUCGUAAACGUCCAAGACCACUUUCACUGAAAUCUCAACCUACUCAAUUCUUUUCAUCUCAUUCUACUCCCGGUAUCCUUGAUUCUUCAAUCACCACUCCUAUACUAGAAGAAGAUACUCUUAACCUUUCACUUCUUCACACCUCUGAACUUCCUUCGCCAAAGAAACUUCGACCUUCACGUGAAUGUGCUACGAUACCUAAUGGGUCUCUCAAGAGCGCUUUUAAGUCUCCGGCUCAAUCUCCUAAUACUACUUGUCCUACUACACCUGAUACAGAUUUUGGGGGAAAGAUGUCGGUUGGAAUCAUAGAGAUGGACUCUGCGUUUCCUUUCUCGAGCGCUCGGGCUAAUUCGCCUACACGCAAAAACGUUCACUUCACCUGUGAUGACACAGAGGUGGACUCAUUAUCGACGGUGAUGUUAUCCAUACACCUAACCCAUUCACCUCAAUCAUACGAUCGAUCUCCCAUCGAUGUAGGACCUUCACUCUUACUACCACCUCGAUCUUCAAGCGAUUUAUGUGAAGAAAGUGAAGUAGAAUGUAGUGAGGAAGAUUGGUCGGAUCCUGAACUUGGGUUAGAUCUUAGUCGAACUUCUUCGAUUCAUCAAGCUGGGAUUGGUAACUUACAUGCCCUUAAUCCUUUGGCUCUCACUUCUGCUCUGGAUGGGUUUUAAUACCUACUUCUAGUCUCUUUUUCCUGUGAUCUUUUUCCUUUCGUGUUUCAUUUGCUCCGAGUCUUCUUCACACCUCAUCUUACAUCGACGAUUAGCGAAAAUUUAGCUAGUUGAGGUUGUUGAUCAUGAAGAGUGUCUUUUGGUUCAGAAUUUAGGUCUUGAGGUUUUUAAUUCGAUUUCUCUUUUAAGUCAAUCAUUUUAAUUCCUUCACCUUUCUUUCUUUUCUUUUUUGAUUAAAUUUUUUAAAAAAAAGAAAACUUUUACAAGCUUGUUGUUUUCUUAUACGAUUUUCUUUAAUCUCAUCUUUUUUAACUUAUACAUCUUGUUUAUUAUUUUAUGGGAUCUUAUGUAUCAACCAAUGAAUGAUAAUUCACUCCUUUAAUUUUCCCCGGAGUGUUUUUU